AUGUCUUUCAUCUCUCGCUCCUCUGCCGCUUUGUCCAGGUUGCUUGGCCGGGCACCGGCAAGUGCCCCGAUUGUGGAGAAAGCCACUCAGCUCAUCCAGAGCAAUCCGUGUGUAGUCUUUUCCAAGUCCACUUGCCCGUUCUGCCAGAUGGCCAAGGGUGCGUUGCAGGACAACAAGGCAAAGUGCCACAUUUUGGAGAUGGACAAGGAGCUGAGUCCUGAGGAAAUGGCCGCCCUACAGGACCACUUCCUGAAAACUACUGGCGCACGUUCAGUGCCACGGGUGUUCAUCGACGGCAACUGUGUAGGUGGUGGCUCCGAGGUGUCAGACCUGGCACAGAAGGGCGAGCUCAAGGCCAUGCUGGAGAAGGCGAAGGCCUUGGAGGAGUGA